CUGCCAGGAGAUGGAAAUGAAAGGAGAAGAGCCAGAGCAUUUACGCAGAGUGAGCAAUUGCAUUUAACAGUGUGGGCCUUGACGCAAUGGCAUUAUAGUCCAUAUAUACCCAUAAGUUGCUCACUCAAACCUACAGCACUGUCACAACAAACACAAUUCUCUCGACACUCUGAUAUGUGUGAUCCCACUAGAGACGAUGGCUCUAGCCAAACCCGCGUGGUUCUCAAGGAAAAAAGACCCUACUUUCUCAGAAAAUGGCUUUUGGUCGAUGUAAUAAGAAUGUUAACCGUGGUGAUCGUCCACUUUUUGUGUCUCUUGGCGCCGUUUCACUACACAUGGGAAGCUUUACGGUUUGGUCUGGUGCUCUUCGUCUUGACUGAACUCAGCAUCACAUUCUCAUACCAUAGGAACUUGGCCCAUCGGAACUCGGAUCGCGACCCACAUAGCCCUAAAGAAGGAUUAUGGUUCAGCCAUGUCUUGUGGAUAUUUGACAUCCUUUAUAUCAAAUAUAAGUGUGGAGGACGUAACAACGUGAUGGACUUGAAACAGCAAUGGUUCUAUAGGUGGCUAAGCUUAUUUACAAUGGGAGAGAGUUGGCACAACAACCAUCACGCAUUUGAGUCAUCGGCAAGGCAAGGAUUGGAGUGGUGGCAGAUUGAUAUCACUUGGUACCUCAUUCGACUUUUUGAGGUUCUUGGAUUAGCCACUGAUGUCAAAUUGCCUUCAGAGUUUCAGAAACAGAAGAUGGCUAUCCCUCGUUGAUGGAUGUUCAUUUUGAGAUCUAAAAUAUAUAUUUGGAUGAGAAGAUAUAUAAGGAGAAUGAAUCUGAGUUAACUAUUAGGGCAUAAUAUUAAUGAGAGAAUAAAUAGACUUAUGCAUGUUAUCCAGAAAAUAAAGGCUAGGAUUUUCUUUGUCUUGAUUUGAUUUCCUUGAUUCUAAAGAUGUUUGGCUAUUUUUGUAUGAUCAAUCUAUUAUAUGUUUUUGAAUGAAUAUUUACAUCUUA